AUGGGUGCUUUUUUUACGUUGUUUACCUUAGUUACUGGAGGGUUUCGGGGAAGACCUAUGUGGGGCACCUUUUGGGUGUGGGAUGCUCGUUUAACCUCUGUAUUCAUCUCGUUCUUUAUUUACCUGGGUGCACUGCGUUUUCAAAAGCUUCCUGUCGAACCGGCUUCUAUUUCAAUCUGUGCUGGACCGAUCGAUAUACCAAUAAUCAAGUCUUCAGUCAACUGGUGGAAUACAUCGCAUCAACCUGGGAGCAUUAGCCGAUCUGAAAACCCUGCCGAGAAUCGAGAGGCGGGAGGGCACCGAAGCUACCACCAGACUAGCGAAAGGUUUCCCGACGAGGAGAAAGAUGAGCGAAUGGAAUGA